AUGGCUGCACCAACACGCGCCCUCUGUCUGCUGCUGCUGGCCUGCAAGCUGCCAUGCGCCGCGUGCGCGGAAGCAGAUUUCCCGGAAGCUCUGCCUGACACAUGCCUUCUGCAGGGCAGCCGCCUUCUCGUGUCCAAUCACGGAGACAGUGAUGGGAUCAUUGAUAAGGCCAAAGACAUCGGAAAAAAAGCGGUCGACACAGUCAAGAAGGCUGCUGAGAAAAUCAAGAAUGCACUGAAGAAGCUGAAGCCCCCAGCUCUCGAAGAAGUGAAGGACAAACUCAAGGAUAUUUCCCGCGAGCAAAUCCGCAAGCUCGAGAAGCAAGGGCAAGAGCUUCAAGAGCAAGUCGCCAAAGAAGCCUUGAAAGUAGCCGACGAUGCCAUGACACGUGCCGAAUUUAUGGCUGCGCGGGCCUCAGCCUUUCAAAAACUGGCUGAGAGCGCAGCGGCCGCCAUCAGUGAAGAGGUCGACGGCGCCUUUGAGCUCAAGUGUGACUUCUUAGCACGAGCCUCAGAGGAGGUCCUCAAGAAGAUGACGAGCUGGUUCACGGACGGCGUGGUCGACAAGCAGACUUGCAAGCAGAUGAAGAAGGAUCUGUGCGUGAAUGGAACCGUGACUACCAUCGAGUGGACCUGCGACUCAGUCAACGAUGUAUUCAGCCAGACGGCGGAAGACAUCAGCAAGAACAUGGGCAUUGUCAGUUUGGGAUGCUGA